UCCUGACAUCAUCCCUCCGUUUCCUUCACUGAUACGCCCGGCAGCUGGACUCAAGAAUGGGGUACCGAAGCACCGGGAUUGUUGUGGGGAUUCCAAGCUUGGGGGAGAUCCUCAAUCGUCCAGUCCACUCGAAUCUUUGUUCUUAUGAACGACCUGGGCACAGGUUUAGGAAAGGCAUCUACCUAGUUUCACUCCUUCACCAUCUAGAUUCCAACCAGACGGACUUCUCUGCUGUCCCGAAUUCAACACCAUGACAUUGCAAGACGACCUCGCAACCAAUCCGCCAUGCCAUCCUCGUGCGUGCGCGAUACAAAAUUGCCUCACCAGAAACGGAUUCGACGAGAGCAAAUGCCAGAAACUGGUGGACGCACUCUACGAGUGUUGCAACGCGUUUUACGAAAAGAAUGGCGACAGUGCAUCAACAGUUAGCUGCCCCAAGGCCAACCUUUUGAGGCUCAAGAUGGAACAGAGAAAGAAGACUACAUGAAGGAAACAUGAGGAAUCGAAAUGUAUCACUUAUCCAGAUAUGUCCACCUAAACGCCCCGUGAAGGUGUUAGGUAACUUAGACGGA